UUGUAGGCGGCAGUGUCGGAGAGACCAGCGCGGCGUCCAGUCUGGUGCCAGUGGUAGUCCCUACAGACAACAUGCAGUACAUGAGCAUAACGUUUUUCAAACAGCUGCUGCUGACCAUGACGGCGUCGCUGGGUUACCUCACGAUCGGUCUCAUCAGAGGAUGGUCCUCGCCUGGUAUACCCUCCAUGCAAGCCAGGAGUCAGUACCUCAUCCCUGACCACUCAGCCGUCUCCUGGGUCUCUGCUGUCCCGCCACUCGGAGCAUUCUGCGGCAGUCUCUUGACAGGUCCUUUCUUGCAGAAGUUCGGUAGGAAGAAGACGCUAAUGAUGGCUGCUCCGAUCUUCACCAUAUCCUGGGUCAUCAUCGGCACUGCCGUCAACACUUCCAUGUUGGUCAUCGGCAGACUGAUCACCGGAAUUUGUGCCGGCAUCGUUACACCGUCCGCUCAAGUUUACGUGAGCGAAUGCGCACACCCGGAGAUCCGCGGUAUCCUGGGGUCUCUGCCGGCACUGUUCAUGGCGCUCGGGGUGCUCAUCUCUUACCUCGUAGGAACAUUUCUCCCCUGGGACUACCUGGCCCUGGUCUCGGCUCUGUUCCCGGCCUCGAUGCUCGUCCUCCUGAUUCCGCUGCCGGAGUCGCCCAGCUGGCUCAAGUCGGUCGGUCGCAAAGAUGACGCGGCCAAGUCCUCCAAGUGGCUCCACCACGACGACAAGGUCGUGACAGUGGAGUUGUCCACGAUCCCGACCAGCAACGGCGACGCCGAGGCGCCAACAUCCAUCGCAGAAGUUGAAAAGAAACCAGAAGCCACUAUGAAUUCUAAAAAGGAUGUCGUUAAAGGAGCAUAUUCUCCAGAAGCACUGUUUCGAAGACCGGUGAUUAUUCCGUUUUAUUUAGUCGUCUGCAUUCUCGUUUUCCAACAAGUCAGCGGGAUCGAUACGAUCUUAUUUUACACUGUCAGUAUUUUUCAAGCUAGUGGUAGUUCAGUCAAUGAUUACUUGGCAACGAUUCUAGUGGGGUUAGUUCAAGUGAUAGCGACAUUUAUAUCUCUGUUCGUCAUCGACCGGUACGGUAGAAAACCGCUCCUGGUCUUCUCCGGUGUGUUCAUGGCAAUCUCCAUGGCGGCUUUGGGCUACUACUUCUACGCCCACGACAGAGAGCUCCCCAUAGCACAAUCUUUGGGAUUGCUCCCUGUGGCCAGUCUCAUGGUAUUUAUAGCAGCGUUUGCCCUGGGAUACUGCAAUGUUCCGUUCCUUCUGAUGGGAGAACUGCUGCCUGUCGCUCAGAGAAGUAUUCUCAGUUCUGUAGCCAGCGCUUUCAAUCUGGGCGCAAUGUUUGUUGUUAUAAAGUCCUACCACGAUAUAAAAGAUUGGAUAGGGGCAGAAGGAGUAUUUUGGGGAUAUUCUGUGCUUUGUGUUACGAGUUGUGUGUUUGUUAUAACCUUACUGCCAGAGACCAAAGGAAAAUCAUUAGAGGACAUUGAAAAGUACUUUGAAAGGAAGGCAGAAAAGAUUCUUGAGAGGAAAAGGAUGAACAAAGGAAUGCCUUAACGCCAUUAGCCGUUUUAGCAACUAAUGUUUGAGGUAGUGGUUUGGACAAUACUCCUUAUACAGUUCCUAAAGUGAUACAAGCUGUACAUUUGAAUUAUUAUUUUGUACAUAAUCAUUUAUUUAUUUUAUUUGAAAUGUAUGGAAACAUAAGAUGAGGUUUAUGCCAGGAGGUGUCAACAGAAGCCUGCACUAUUGGACGGUAGCUCGAAUUGUAUUACACCCCUUCGUGAAGAAAGGAUAAAAAACCCGUCCAAGAUUGAAAAGAUCUGUAAAUAAAAUAUGACGGCUGUGAAAAUGUAAACAUUUAAAUUAAGUACCUUUUUAGAUUGAUCGUAAUAUAUUUUUCUGCAAACAAGAUGUCCUCGUUAAAAAAAAAAAACAAAAAUGUAAACUAAAUAUAAAUAUACAUAAAGAAAGUUAAAAGCAAUUCGAUAACUUUAGGUAAAUUUAAUUAGUUCACGAUAUAUUAAGGUUUAGUUUUUUCAACGACAAAAUAAGACUUAGUAAUGCAUUUAGGAGUCUGUGUCGAGUCAAUUUAAUACAGCUGUAAGAGAUUUGACUUUAUAUUUAUAUAUACAUUAGGGCUAUUUAUAAUAAUAUUCAAGUACAAAUAUAUAGAAAUAAUGAUAUUAAAUGAGUUUUGUAAAAGUGUUUCUUAGAGCUAAAUAGUUCAUAACAUGGUAACAAAACGAGUUUAUUUAAAGUACUGCUCUUAUUACCAAAGCACGUCUCAAAAACUAUAAGGCAAACAAUACAGUAUAUUAGUUGUUUAUUGUUGUUUUGAACUGAAAAUUAUACUUUGGUUCUUUAAUUGUUGAAAAUAAACCUUUUUAAAUAAA